AUGUGGCAGAACACAAAACAGCAGAGCAAAACGGGCCUCGAUAAGGCGUGGACGUGGGCGGGCAAGAUUGAUGGCCCGGCGAGUAAAUUCUCUUUCUGGGCCUCGUCGCUUGACAAAGAAAGCACAAAGGCUGCGCGCAUCCUGUCGAGUUUUUGCCAGGAAGGUUUUAAUAAGGAUGCUUCGUCAUCAACUGGUCAGCCAAGCAAUAAAAAGCCCAAAGGCAAGGAUUACGUGCUUAGGAAGAUCCCGCCAGAUGUCAUCCGCAACGCAGUCGGCCUCGCAAUCUUCAGCACGCUCCGCGCCGGCUUCCACGCCUCACUCGCCAGUGGCAGCGGGGUACUGCUGGCGCGAAAAGCCGACGGGACAUGGUCGCCGCCGUCUGGAAUCCUGCUGCACACUGUCGGCGUCGGAUUCCUCAUCGGCGUCGACAUCUACGACUGCGUCCUCGUGAUCAACACAUACGAGGCGCUCGACGCGUUCUGCAAGACGCGGUGCACGCUCGGCGGCGAGAUCAGCGCGGCCGCGGGCCCCGUUGGCGCCGGCUACAGCGUCGAGAGCGAGGUCGUGCUCAAGCGUGCGGCGCCUGUGUUUACGUAUGUGAAGUCGAAGGGGUUUUACGCGGGCGUGCAGCUGGAUGGCACGGUGAUUAUUGAACGGAAGGAGGAGAAUAAGCGCUUUUAUGGCGAGAGUGUGCCUGUGGCGAGGAUUUUGGCCGGCGAUGUCGAUGAGGAUUUGGAGUUGGAUGCGGUUGCACCGCUUUGGGAGGCUGUGAAGGUCGCAGAAGGUCCUAAUGAGCUGAAACAAGAGGGCACGAUGGGCUUUCCGUUGAUGCCGGAUGGGACGCCCGUGGCUGAAGCCGCUGAGCCAAGGCCGGAUCCGAGGAGACCUAGUAUUAAUUGAGGUGUUUUGAGGUUAUAUUCCGAG